GGUUUCCAGCUCUGGUAAUCUGUGUUCAGACACACCGACGUACCGCUCCAGUCUCCGACUCCAGAGCAAAGCCCCCGCCCCCCGGGCACGGGGGAGACUCGGCAGCGGCUACUGGCCCCCACCCCGCGGGUGGCCAGACGCCGAGAGGUGCAGAGUCCGGCUGACGUCCCGCCUGAGGUGCUGGAUGCUCCUGGCUCAGACUCGAAGAUUGGAGGAAGCGAACUGACAGCCGGCCCUUACCAGUGUCAUUUGUUCUGGUGUGGACAAUGACGAUUGGAUCCAUCCCAGCUCCGGCCAGCCGCAUAUCUACUCAUCCAGGGAGGUCUCCUACUUGUGCUUCUGGCUCUCACUCUCUCCGUUAUUUCACUAUGGCAGUGACCCCAGGGUCGGGGGUCCCUGAGUUUACUGUGCUUGGGUACGUGGACGAGGAGCAGAUCGUUUACUACGACAGUGUGUUGAGACGGACGGUUCCCCGUCAGCAGUGGAUGGCGGAGAGUCAGGGACCUGACUACUGGGAACGGGAGACACGGCACUUUCAGGGCAAUGAGCAGGUUUCCAAGGCCAACAUCCGGACCGUGAUGAGCCAGACCAACCAGACAGGGGGGAUCCACAUUUGGCAGCAGAUGUACGGCUGUGAGCUCCGUGACGACGGAACCACCACCGGGUUCAAUCGGUACGCUUGGGACGGGUUAGACUUCAUCGCCUUCGACAAGGACCGGAUGGUGUGGGUGACCCCUGUGCCCUGGGGUCAGAUCAUCAAGGACAAGUGGGAUCGGAACACGGCCAGGAACCACUAUUGGAAGGGAUACCUGGAGCAGGAGUGCAUCGAAUGGCUGACGAGAUACGUCAAGGCCGGGGAGAGUCACCUGAAACCCAAUCCCCCCGAAGUCUCGUUCACCACCUCUGAGGACGGCCGCCACCUCUCCUGUGUGGCCACUGGCUUCUACCCUCAGUCCAUUGAUGUGACUAUUCAGCAGGACGGCCGGAUCCUGGAGGAGAUCCAUUCCCACGGGAUCCUCCCCAAUCACGACAACACCUACCAGCUGACCAGGACGGUGCGGGUGGAGCCCACGGACACAGCAAAGUUCUCCUGUCGGGUGGAACACCGGGGUCUCCCCGAGCCCUCCCUGCCCUUCCCGGAUCCGAAGCCCAACUCCAUCCCAAUCUGGAUCAUCGCUAUAGUUGUGGUCCUGGUGAUCCUGGUGGUGGUCAUCGCUAUUGGUGUUGCCUACAAAAAGAAAGCAGGCUGUUUUUCAUCAGGGAACAAAGGCUACAAUCCCACCAAAACUUCUGACAAAGGAGAAUCCUCUCCCAACUCCUCUGCCAUGGCCUGAGGAAAUUCAGUUCCCAGCAGGAUAUGGAUGAAGAAAUCUAUGGGAACAGAGUGUAAUCCUGGGACUCUGGGUGAUUAACGAGAUAUUCUCCGGGGAAAACUAUGAUUUAUGCUUUGACCAACAUACUUGGGAAUACUAAUAAUUUGCUGAUUCACUGCAGGAGACGACUGUAAUGGUGCGUUUCAAAGGAAGCUGAAUCACUUUAAUGUGUCUGGGAUGAAGUGAAGGGGUUUAGUGCGGAACAGCUCUGACCCACAGCUCAGUCCUGGUCAGCAUCUGGAGACUCACAGUUGGGUGAACAGAUUCGCUCAUUCUGUCAAUUUGACUGUUAACUGAGAGUGGUUCUGGCCCCUGUGGGAUGGGAGGGGAGUGGGUGGCAGGUGCUGAAGUUAAAGUGAGACUUAAACCAUGGGCUGUGGGAGUGAUUACAGGGAGAUCUGGAAACAUGAUUUAAUGCUGGUGUGGGGAGGGAGGGAGG